AAAUAAUAAUAUUAAUAAUACAACUAAAAAGAGUAUAAAUUCAUUCAACGGGGAAAUUUUUGUAAAUAUAUGUAGAUUGUUUUCUAAUUCUGGUAUUUUUGUUUUGGAUUUCGUGUUUCCCUUGAAUAGUUGAGCUCUUUCUUGUAAUUUUUUGUUUGAUUUUUGGUGUUUGGAUAGCAACUCGAUCACUUCUUGUCGUAGUUCAUAGCUUGAGUUGUUUACCCCCUUUCAAUUAGCUGUAUCUGGUGUUUUCUCUGUAAUUUUUGUGUUAAAUUAUGUGUGAAUUGGACUUGUAAGCAGAGAGGGCUUUCUGGGUUCUCGAAUCUCUGUGUUCCUUCGUUUGCUGGAAAUCUGUUUUGAGGAGUUCUACUCAUAUGAGUUGUUAAUUGGGGGAACGGAGUGCUUUGGAUGGAAUAAACAAGCUCAAUUGUUUUGGAAUUUGAUUGUGUUUGCAUGUGAAGUUUUUCCAAGUAGUCUUGUAGUGAUUGGAGUCUCAGAUUUGGUGCGAAGGUUAAAUGAUCUUAAAUUUUGAGUGAUUCUUUGGUGCUUGGAUCGAUUCUGGUUCUGAUCGAGUCAGAUUCUGCAGAGCUUGGAAGGAGAUGAAUUUCAAGGAUUUUGGGAGUGACCCAUCCGCCGGAAACGGCGGAGGAGGCGGAAGACCUCCGGCGAACUAUCCAUUAGCGCGACAAUCAUCGAUCUACUCGCUGACCUUCGAUGAGUUUCAGAGUAUGGGGAGUAUAGGCAAGGAUUUCGGGUCAAUGAACAUGGAUGAGCUGUUGAAGAACAUUUGGAGCGCCGAAGAAAUGCAAACCAUGGCAUCUUCUGCUGCUGCUGCUGCUGCCAAAGAAGGGGCUGGUAGUGUUGGUGGUACUGGUGGGUAUUUGCAGCGACAGGGCUCUUUGACGUUGCCUCGGACACUCAGCCAGAAAAAGGUGGAUGAGGUAUGGAAGGACAUAAUAAAUGAACAUGCUGGGGCAAAAGAAAGCAAUACUGUUGCUUCUAAUUUGCAACAGAGGCAACAAACUCUUGGGGAGGUGACACUUGAAGAGUUUUUAUUCAGAGCUGGAGUGGUGAGAGAGGAUACUCAAGUGACGGGAAACACCAACAAUGGAGUGUUCUUUGGAAAUAACACUGGUUUUGGAAUUGGUCUUCAGCGCCAGGCUAAAAUUCCGGAGAAUAACAAUCACCUUCCGAUUCAGUCGUCAAACUUAUCGUUGAAUGUCAAUGGAGUUAGAGCACAUCAGCCGCAGCCAAUAUUUCCAAAGCAGACUACUGCUGUGACAUAUGGAUCUCAGUUGCCUUUACCCAGUGAUGGUCAGCUGGCUAGUCCAGGGAUUAGAGGUGGAAUUAUGGGGAUUUCGGAUCAAGGAUUGACCUCAAAUUUGAUGCAAGGCUCUGCUCUGCAGAGUGGAAGGAUGGGAGUGGUUAGUUUAGCAGCUGGGCCAAUACCGGUUGGAACAGGAUCGCCAGCAAACCAACUAUCAUCAGAUGGGAUUGGAAAGAGCAAUGGUGAUACCUCGUCCGUGUCUCCCGUGCCUUAUUCGCUUAAUGGUGGAUUGAGGGGGAGGAGAAGUAAUGGGACUGUGGACAAGGUUGUCGAGAGGAGGCAACGGAGAAUGAUAAAAAACAGAGAGUCAGCUGCUAGAUCGCGGGCUCGGAAGCAGGCUUACACAAUGGAAUUGGAAGCAGAAGUUGCAAAGCUAAAAGAGGAGAACCAAGAACUCCGGCAAAAACAGGAAGAAAUCAUGGAAAUGCAGAAGAACCGGGCAUUGGAACUAAUGGAUAAGCAGCAAGGAAUCAAGAAGCGUUGCUUAAGACGAACGCAGACUGGACCGUGGUGAUUCUGGAGGACGUUAUGUUAUCUGAUCUCAGGCCAAAAGAAUAAUGUCAUAGAUGGUGGUGUACAUAUGAUUUUUCUCUGUAGGUUGAGAGCUGUAGGUGUUGUGUAGACUACAUCUCGUUCCAAGUGGGAUCCCCAAGAGUUUGGUAGGCUUUUGAACAAAAGCAGAACAUGCGAGGUUCGAUACGUUUUCUGGAAAUACUACUUCAUACAGCUCCUCCAAGCUCCUGCCAUCAAUAGAGAAAUAAGUUUUUUUUGUGGCAUUUUCUGAUAUGGGCCUGCUGUUGCUGUGGUUGUGAGUAAUGCCAAUCCUGAAUGCAGGAUUCAUAUUGUUCAAUUCAUUAGCAAUGUCAAUGGCUGCAAUUGCCAUUUGAGUUUAGUAUUCUGUAGAAUGUUACAAAACAGGAGAGACUGUAGUUGCAUCACCAUGUUUUGUUUUUGACUUCUGCUUCAGUUGUAAGUUUUAGAUUUUACUGCUCUGUCCAACUCCAGAUUACCUUUACCAUGGGACCAGACUCCUCUAGGGUAGGGAAACGCUUGCCUACGCACCGAUCUGUACAAGCUUUUAUUGAUUUUUUGAUGUUGCUUAUUUUUAUCAGCUCCAAAAUAUUAGUAGGACCUACUUAUCUAUUAAAUUCAAUAGAAAUAGAUGAAUAAAAAUUUUACGUAAAGAA